GCUGCAGCACAUUUAAAUAUUGGUCGCAUAUAACAAGGAUUAAACUGCCCUGAGAAGCGACGAUUCCUAAAUAUAUAAGGAGUUUAGCACGUGUGCUAUCAAAAGUGCAUCUGUGCGAUAAGCUCUUUGGUUUUUGAAGAUUUGUCGGUGAAAACAUGGGUACCAGAAACAGUAAGACUGCAGUGACCCCCUCAAAGCCGGAGCCCUGUGGGCGAGUGAGGAACGAGCGGGUCUGCCGCCUUGUCGACCCCCGAUCUCCCACCACUGGCAUCGACCGUACACCCAUACAGGUGGGCGUCGCGUCGCAAGGUCCCGUUGAGGUCGCGUGUGGGCGUCCUGCUCCCAUAAGUGACCCCCGUUCACCCUCCCCGGGAAUCUCCCGUACGCCGAUGAAGGACGUGGUGAGAGCCACAGUCCGUUCCUUCUCUCGCCGCAUUGGUAUGCUCCUCCUUAAUGAUGGGGAGGAAGUAGUUAAACUUCCGCCUUCCCACACUAUUCCUAAACCAAAAGACCUCACUGGGGAUGUGGAAGGGGAAGUGGAUUCCACGGAGCCCCUUCUUCCCCUUAACCCCUCCUUGGAUCCCACUACAUCUCCAAACUCAGAAUCGGACGUUGAGGUGGAAAUGGGGAUAGAGGCUAGCCAGUUUCUGGAAAAUGAGAUGGAUGACUCCCCACCUCUAGAUGUCGAGCUGAGCUCCAGCCUUCUCACUUGCCAUGAAGGGGUGGUUUCAUCUCUGUCCCUUGCAGAUGAUCUUCAUCUGUCUUGUAAUCCUCCCCUUGACUCUGACACCCUCAACGACCUUGUCACUGAGGAUGCUCAGUCAGUAUUUCCCAAAGAUGCAAGGCCUUCAAGUGCAGAACCUUUCAUCCCUUCUGCACCACUUGUUAGCAGUGAGGCCAAAUCCUCUACUUGCACAGCUGAAUGCCAACCAGAGACCGAAAAGCCUCAUUGCCUGUCUCCUGCCAGUCGGGUCCAGGCCCCCCAAAACCAGCCUGCUUCUGGGGAGAAUAGGAUAAGACUGCCCGUCUUUAAUACCCAAAGUCCCAGUCAGGUGGUGUUUAAGCCCCAGUGGCUGGGGGUGGGGUUUGGCGUCGCUGGAGUGAGGGCCAGGGGGCUUCAAAGCCGAGGCAGGAGUGGUGCCUCCCCCCUCUCUCUCCGAAAUGGACAGAAUCCCGGAAGCGAGAACAGAGGACAGAUGACCAAACAGAAGCAGAGGGAGAGGUGUGGCAAGGGUUUGGGAGUUGAAGGCCGCUCCCCUCUGCAAAUCCUCAAGGAGAACAACUCCACUCGUGACCAUGCCUCACAGAUGAAGGUGAAGAUGACCACUCCUGACAGACCAAGACGUAUCCUGUCUGUGUCUGUGGACAAGGAGAACCAGUGAUAGGCUCGCAGGUGUGGCCUCACCCCCAGCCAGAACUGCUUUGAAACUGCUUUGGAGCGCAGGAAGUUCACUUCUCCCCUUGGCCAGCAGGUGGCUUUGCUGGAAUUCACACUAAUCUGUACUCCUUCUCUUGAUCUUUUCUGAAUAACGCUGUCUUGUCACUUUUUUAUUUGUUUUUGUUUUAUAUGUAAAUAAAAUUACUUUAAAAAUUG